CGCACCCCUCAGCCAUUCUCCCUCCGCUUCCCUGACAUCCUACGAGCCGCCUGGCGCACUCCUGAAUGCCCUACACCGACGGUCAGCAGCCCACGCACAAGGACCAACACCUGGCCACGACAAUCGACACUGAAGAUGCGGCCGUUUGUGCAUCGCAGCCGCGCAGAUCGAGCGCUCGGUGGGGUGGUGUACAAGGUACAUCCUGUUCUGUUCGCAUCGCCUCGCGACAGCGUCGAUGUAGCGCGAACGCGAGCGCGGGGAGCAUCGGUGAGCGUUGUCGUGAGUUCGCGGGGUGAGGAGGGUGGCGAGGACAUCUGGGCAUCGUGGGAGGGUGUCGCCGCCGCGUGUGAGAUCGCCGAAUGAACGGGAUCGUGGACGAGAGGAGACGGCGGCGCACGGAGUGGAGACGGGCCGGCGGCGCGCUGAGAAGAGCAGGCGAUCACGGCCGCGGGGCUGCUGGUGCGGGAGCGGGGCCGUGUUCGGCGUCGUCGAAGGCAGCGAGAGUGUAGGCUGCAUGUGUACGAGAAUCCGUUCCUUGCUCUUGCAGAUCCACUCUCCCACUCACCACGCGCGACUCCAGGCGUCGUCGACGUCUCGGGUCGUGACGGAGGCUGUCUGCCUUCUCCCGCUCCAUCCCGGAGAAUACACACCCUGUGGGAGAACAGCGCAUAGGUGCGCGACGUGCCUCGGCUCUACCCUCUGACCCUUCCAUCGUCCGCGCUGGCUCUGCGGCGAUCCAUAGGCGGUCGUGCGGAUGCGCCUCCAGGUAGAUCACGUCAGUUUCCCGCGCGGAGUCGACUGCGAGAGCGCCGGAGAGCGAGCCCGAGGUCGCGCAGCCACAGGCGCGCGGACGUACUCGAGUUCGCGCGAUCGAGUCCCAGCAAGCUGCAGAGAAGAGUGCGGGAGAGCGAGCCCCAGAGGCCGAGUUCUUGGCACAUACAGCGAGUUGAGUGCGCGAGGGCGGGUCUGGGCGAGUUCUGAAGAGCUCAGAGAGAGCGAGAUUCCGCAGCCAGAAAGCCCCCAUAGGCGAGUCCCAGCGAGCCCGAGCCCGAGCACAGCAAGAAAACGAGCCUUGGAGAGGCUGCGCGGCGUAGCACGCUGUCCAAGUCAGGCCGUGGGGCUCCCACCUAGCUGUGCAGCGCGGCCGCACGGACUAUAUGCUCGGUAAUUGAGUGGCGCGCGAUUCUGCGAGGGCGGCGGGAGAGAUCUACGAAGCAGCCGCAGGCGACACGGGCGCAUUUGGGCACGCUUGCCGCCGCGGCGGAGGCCCGAGUGCGCGGCAAGGGCCUGGUGAUGCACGGGAAGAUCAGUGCACUCGCAACGGGUUCGGUACGCACCGAGGACGUCGGCGGCGGAUGUUCCGAGGUCGCGAGCAAGAUCGCGAAGGCCAUGAGAGUGAGUGCAAGCGAGCGGGAGGAGCUCGGUGGUGGCGGUGUGGAGGCAAGCGGCGCCGUUGGGCUUGGCGAGUGGUGGGUGCGGCGUCGGCGUCUAAAGCCUCGCGUUGCUUGUCUCGUCUCGCCACGACCGCGCGACGAGAUCUACGGAUGCGUAUUUUGAGCUCUCGAGUGCGCUCGGGAGCAGCUCGAAGUCUGCUUGGCUGGUCAGCUCCCUGGGGCUCCCUCUUCUCCUCCUCUCGGUUUCGCGAAGACACGACGACUCAGGCGCACUCUCACGCGUACGGUGCGACUCUAGGGACAUCAUAGACACGAUCUGGGCACUCCAUGGCGCUUGCGAGGGGCCCGGCGCCGGCCUCGGCUCGAACAGCCUGUCCCGGGGCUCUCGACACCCUCCUCUCGACUGUGCGUCGAAUUCGCGCCUCAGCCGCGCCUCGCUCGUCUCCGUUGUACUCCACUGUGCUAGGAACAUGACGCAUCCCACUCCGGCAUCUUCAGGCGGCUCUGAGGCGCUCGUCUGUGGCCUUUGCGUCCACGGCUAGUUCUGGAUCCUUACCUCUCCCGAUCUGGAUUCCGCGACAGCGCAGCCGCGUUUGGACGAUCGCACGGCCACUAGGUGGUCAUUCACACCCCUCGUACGCGAUCUGGGCGCUGCAGGACCUCUGCGAGUGGCGCCAGGCUCGACAUGUCUCCGACAGCCAGCUCUGGGUGCAUUGCUUCUCUCCCUCUCAAUAUCGCGACGAUGCGGCGGCGCAGCCUCCGACGGCCUCACAGGAGUCAGGCCUAUCAACGUGCACAGUGUCGACAUCUCCAGACUCGUACGACGCGCUCGGUGUCGGGCUCGGCUGUACCGGCGAGUUCCGGGGACUCGACAUUCGCGCACUCGCCACGCGGCGACGCAGACGCGCCAGGAGGGACUCUACGGCUCAAGAAGACUCCGAGGGACCCUACGGCUCAAGAAGACUCCGAGGGACCGUCACGCUCGAUUUCGGCGCCCCUGGACGCCUACGACGCGCCUCAGCUCCCGACUUGGGCUCCCACCGCCAUUUCGGGGUGCUUACCCCCGCGAUUUCUCGACGGCGCGGUCACGCAGCCACAUCAAUCCACAUACGCCAGGACUAUAGGACUCCGCGCUCCGCACACGCGCAGUUUGGGCGCGCCCGGACGGCUACUCGCGGCGCGAGGAGAGAGGCCGGGUGGAGUGUGUUCCCACGGCAUGCCGCCGGCCUCUGCGCGGAUUCGCGCACGAGUUUGCGACGACGCGGCGCGUUUCUGGCGCGUCCGUGUGCGAGGGUACGGUCCGACCCAGCUUGCGUCGCGACGCGCGAUUCCGGCGUCCCUAGGGUGCUGGGGAGGCGUUCGAGUGGAGGGAGUCCCCGGGGCUUGUUCUCGAUCUUCUGCAUGUAGUUUUGGUCGUGCCGGCUCGACACUCGCACCGUGUACUGUACGAGUACGAUAGCACUAAAUGCGAUACGAACGGGACGUU